AGCAGUCUGGUCCAGAUCCUCCGCUCCUCCUCAGCUCAACACACACAUCCAUUGUACACAAACGGGCAGGCGGCUCACGCAUACACAUGCACUCACACACAUGCACACGUAUAUACGCACACACGCACAGCAUCGAUCGUGGCUCCUUUAAGAAAAGCCUAAGCCAGAAUUAUCACCCCACCUCCUCUUGAUCUCCUCUAGUUGCGUUUGCAUAAGAAAAUCAAGCCGGGAGCCGAGAGUGAUCACAGAAAACCAGAGGAGAGCAGCUUCAUUUUUUAACUGUGAUUGUGACCAUUAACAUUUAGCUGGUGCCGAUCCCGUGGAGACGCGAGUCGGACCAUCAUUCAUCCGGUACUUUUGACAAGCCCUCGCGUUUUGACUGACAGGCGGAGUGACAAAAAGCCAUGAGAGUCGCCACUUUUGUUUGAGGGGCUAUUUUAUUUUCCUCCUGGUUUCGGAAAAGGAGCCUGGCUGCCGCUGCCCCGAGGAUAGCCGAGGACCUAUUCGCCGCGCCUGGGCUAAACUUGCGCAGAAAGCGGGGGCUGGCUCACCGUUCCGUGGAAGAAGAGGCAUACGGGAUUUUGUUGCUGAAACAUCUUCCCAUUUAUUUGGAUUUUCUUUCUUCAUUUCGUCUCCACCCUGGCCUCAGAGGGGAUUUAUCUAAACUGAAAGGACGACCAGGGAGUCAGGAGGGUUAUGGCGCAACGGUACGAAGACUUGCCCCACUACGGGAUGGACGGGGUGGGCAUCCCGACCACCAUGUACGGAGACCCGCACGGAGCCCGCUCCAUGCAGGCGGUGCAUCUGAACCACGGGCCCCAGCUGCACUCCCACCAGUAUCCGCACACCGCCCACACCAACACCAUGCCUCCCAGUAUGGGCACCUCUGUUAACGACGUUCUCAAGAGAGAUAAAGACGCUAUAUACGGGCACCCCCUGUUCCCCUUGCUUGCACUGAUUUUUGAGAAAUGUGAAUUAGCGACGUGCACCCCCAGAGAGCCCGGGGUGGCGGGCGGAGACGUCUGUUCAUCGGAAUCUUUCAAUGAAGACAUAGCAGUGUUUGCAAAACAGAUUCGGGCAGAAAAGCCUUUAUUUUCAUCGAAUCCAGAAUUGGAUAAUCUGGUGAUGGCAUGGACAACAGCAUGGCCUCGCCGAGCACAGGGGAUGACGAUGACCCGGAUAAAGAGAAGAAGCGCAACAAGAAGAGAGGGAUCUUCCCUAAGGUGGCCACCAACAUUAUGAGAGCAUGGCUCUUUCAGCACCUUACACAUCCCUACCCGUCAGAAGAACAGAAGAAACAGCUGGCGCAAGACACAGGCCUCACCAUCCUACAAGUGAACAACUGGUUCAUUAACGCCCGGAGGAGAAUAGUGCAGCCCAUGAUUGACCAGUCAAACCGUGCAGUAAGUCAAGGACCUCCCUACAAUCCAGAUGGCCAGCCGAUGGGGGGCUUCGUCAUGGACGGCCAGCAGCACAUGGGAAUCAGACCACCUGGAGCAAUGGGAGGAAUGGGCAUGAACAUGGGCAUGGAAGGUCAGUGGCACUACAUGUAGCCCCGCCCCGAUCCGACCAAUCGCAACACAAAGGAGGAUAACGGCAGGGCAACCCGGGGAUCACCUGUCUCACCGAGGCCUACGGAUGAACGGGAACAGGGCUCCUUGACUUCCUGAUGACAACAACCAACAGUAACCCCUCUGUCCACCUCCAACACCCAACAACAUAUUAUUCGGCUGAUAUCUGCAACAUGGAAGCUUUCCAUGACUGCCUUCAACCCUUCCAAGUCUAUGUGUCCAGCGACGGUGAUGCACAGAAGAUCAAACUAUGUCCAAACCAGAUGAGCCCCUGUCCCGACUGACCCCUGCUUCUUCUUCUUCUCUGGUGGGCACUAGACUUCGCCCCCUUGCCACUGCCCACAAGGUUCACAUGGACUCCUCCAUUACAAGUGAUUGUGAUUGCGAUUGCGAGCAUAGACGACACACGAGAGACACACUGUGUCCUUUGCCUGUACCUUUGGCGAAUGCAGCACUUGGUGAUAUAUUCUAGACUCUUUGGUAAACAAAAGAGAGAUCCUGUGAAGAGCACUCCACUCUUUGGGACGAUGGAAUUGGACCAAGGAGAAGCCAAUGUCUGUAUCUGACAGGACACUAACAAAGCAAAAGAGGUGCCCUUUAAAAAAUAUAGUGGAUUGAAACAUGGAAGGAAGGAAAGCAAGAGAAAAGAAAUAAAAAGUAUAACUAUAUCAAACCCUAGUUUGGGAAGCGAGUGGAGAAAGAAAAUAUACUGUAUACUGAUGUAAAAUUACGCUGGACUCUCACAAGAACUGGGAAUUUAAGUAUUGUAAAUGCUAUUGUAUUGUUCUGCAUAUUAUGUUGUUUCUAAUAGAUUUUUUUAAAAAGGAUGUGAACUUUUUUCUCUUUUUUUCUGAUUUCUUUCCACACUAUGUGUGUGCCGUCUCCAUCAAAUUUGACCUCCUGCCCCCUCCCUUCAUUCAAUCACGAUGCAUUUUUAAAAGAAAAAGAAAGUGAAUAAACGGACAAUUCGAUCAGUUUGUCAUUUCUCGCAGGCCUUUAUUUGGAUGGAAAGAGAGUGAUUCACUUGACUUGUUUACAUCCAGUGCACACGUACGUCCAUGCAGGAAGCAACUUACUUGUAUUACUGUUGCUGUGUGACUCCUUGUGAUUUUUUUCUUUACAUAUUCAUAUCAUUGGAUUAUAUGUUCUUCUGCUGGUAGGUUUUAAUUGGCAUACACAUUUACUGACCAUUUGAGGACAUACACCCGACAAUAACUCAUUAGAUUAACUCCAAAAACAAUGACAUCAGGCUAAACAGAGUUUCUGAGAAGCUAACAUUUUGGAUUAACAAGGUUUUUAAUUAUACUGCUAUUGUCCAAUUUAUCCAUAUAAAUAAUGUAUGUGUCGACAUGGUUUACAUCAUGACAGGCUAACAUGAUCACGAGCUUCAACUGAUGCUCAUAAACAAGCUACAAAAGUAACAGCGGAUGGGAAACUACAAGUGUGUGUCCUGCAAACACAUUGUUUCCUGUUUUUCUCCAUGUGUGUCUGUGAUUGAGCGACACUGGACGUCCAUUCCAGUGUCCUAUUGAUGUGUUUAUGUCACAAGGCCGUGCACUCGCAUGGCCAAUGGAUUCCCCCCGCUGCCUGAUAACAGGGAGAGGCGGAGGCUAUGGGAAAACACCUUUUCCACCACAGCCCAUUCUUUUUUGAUUAAACCAGCUGAUGUUAUGCUGAUCAACAGACAGGAGAGAAUGUAAAAGUCACUGUGUGUGUGUGUGUGUGUGUGUGUGUGUGUGUGUGUGUGUGUGUGUGUGUGUGUGUGUGUGUGUGUGUGUGUGUGUGUGUGGUGUGUGUGUGUGUGUGUGUGUGUGUGUGUGUGUGUGUGUGUGUGUGUGUGUGUGUGUGUGUGUGUGUGUGUGUGUGUGUGUGUGUGUGUGUGGGUGUGGGUGUGGGUGUGGGUGUGUGUGUGUGUGUGAGUGAGGGGGAACGUGUGUGUGCGUUAUCAAUGCAUCCAUUAUCCAUUGCUUCAAACAUGUAUUACGCACAUCUUUAAGAUUCCUUUGAAGACAAGUCAUGUUUCUUAUGCUUUUACUUUGAAGGGUAUAUAUGUACAUCUGUGUUGUAAAUAAAUACUUUUUGUUCAAAUAACA